UGCGUGCGUUCGGAAAGGGAAACUAGGGUCUAGCCGAAGCACAUAGCGUUCGCCACAAUGCGCCACAGUAUACAUCGCGGGGUCUACCGCCACACUAGCUAGUGUAGUUUUGUUCUCUCUGCCGCGCGAGGCAAUUAGCAACGUUCGAGCUGUGGCUUCGUUUUUGUUUUUGCCGUGUGUUGCUGGAGAAACUCGUUCCAUCCGCCCGAGUCAUCGCCGUUCGCUCAAGGUCGUUUUGGGAUAUUGACGGCUUUGCGGAGCGCUAGCACGACAGAACGCUUGUGGUUGUUGAGCAGUGCAGUCCUGCAGUGUGGUAGAGUAGCUAUCCAAGCUGACAGCGAAUCCGAGCAGAAGCGAUGGGUUCGAAGCUGAUUCUAUCGAUCGGUGUGCUGCUGGUUGUGGCUGCGAUUGCCACAGCCAAAUCGGUACCGGAGCAACGUUCUCACCUGGAUCUGGCCGAGGUGGACUCGAGCGAGGAGCAACCGUGUACGAUCGAUCGCGUGAAGGGCUUCUUCGGUGAUCUGUCCACCAAGGUGAAGGAGGGCGUACAGGAGGGUGUGGUGAAGGUGAAGGACGGCGUCAAGAAGGGCACGACCAAGGCGAAGGAGUAUGCGACGAAUGUGCGUGACUAUCUGCGCGAAAAGUUUAGCAGCGAGUCGAAGGAAUCAGCUGCUACUGCUACAACAACUCCAGCGCCGAAACUAAUCGCUGGAAUCUAAUCUGACGCAAACACUCCUCACCUCACUGAACUGGCAUUUGGCAGAAUGGAAAAUCAUACCAUCCCCUUGGUAAUCAAUAAAAAGCUGCUUGGUACAGCGUGAAAACGGA